ACUGUGUGCCGUCACUCAGGCGCCGAAGGGAAGCUGAGCCGCGGCGACCAGAACACGUCGCCCGUGCCAACGACGAUGUCGCAGCAGCAGCAGCAGCAGCAGCAUCACCAACAGCAGCAGCAGCAGCCGUUCAUCAACGCGGCGCUGCCGCCUGGCUAUCCGUACUACUACGCGGCGGCAGCGGCGGCAGCAGCCAGCAGCAUGAUGCCGAGCGGCUGCACGCAGUACGGUGCGCCCGUGAUCUCCGCCAGCGCGCCGAUGGUGUCGCCCGCCGCCAACAGUCACGGCGCGGGCUCGAGCGCGCAGUUCCAGAAGCCGGCCGGCUACGCAUCACACAGCUACGGAACGGGUUACGACGAUCUAACGCAGGGUCAGGACUACAAGUCGUCCGGUUACUCCGCCGUCUCGCAGUCCGCCAACAAGUCUGCGGGGUCGUCGUCGGGUCACGCUGGGGUUGCCAACAGCUGCGACCUCCAGAUGAACCCAGCGUCCGCCUACGGCAAGGUUGGCGCACAGGUUGGCAGCUCUGAGUUUGCAGUUGAAGUGAGCCGCGUCCUUCGGACAGAUGCUCGCCCAACAACACCCCCAGAUGGCGCUGUACGGUCACCACAUGCAGCAGGACUCGGCGUCCGUUUUUCGUCGCAGCGUCCGAGCCAGGCCGCCGGGCCGCCAAAGAUCCCGCCGGGGAAGCCGCACAACAUCACCGGGUACUGGGCCGCAAACUGAAGCUGCCACGGCCGUCCCCGUCGACCCCGUGCGCGUGCGCAGCGCGGUUUUAAAUCUAUUUAUGAGUCGUCACGUGUUAGGUGUCGUUGACAGCUGUUGUAGGUCGUGCAGCCCCCCCCCCGAGUUCUUGCUCCCCGUGCGUGCA